AGGAAAAUUAAGAUUUUUCCUUUGCGAACCUCUCUCGCUUCCCACUUUAUAUUCCUAUCCCUCCAGAAAAGGGAGCCGUGAUGUGGGAAUAGUUGACAUGGGGUGCAUGCAAGCCGAGAUUUCACGCGUCCGUUUUAGUUGCCUGGUUGCAACUCCACUAAGUUAAAAUUGCACCUUGAUGUCAAGUACGGUGCAAUGGCUGGAAUAAGAUGGCGGUUGCAAUUGUUGUCCAUGAUGUAGCGCAAAUGUCUCGAGUUUUUGCCUUAAAACGUCAGUUUGGAUUUUCUACAUGCAGUCCAUAAUACUGUACAAAUGAAUAUGCAGUUGGAAAAAGUGGCGUACAGCUGGUCCACGACUUACGACUACAAUUGAGCCCAAACUUUGUUGCUAAGCAAGACAGUUUUAAAAGAAAAAUUACACUGACACAGGAGGUAAUAAUAAAAAUAAUACAGCAAGAAGGGAAUUCAAAUGAUCAUGCUGUCUUGGGUCUUUCAAGAAGGCUUUCUACUAGCAAAUUUACCAGAUGAAGUGAUUAGAAUGUUCUGGAAUCACACAAUAUGGUAGUUGCCAAGGGAAAAUACACAGUCCUGGGAAAAGUUCUUUCAGGAUAUUGUAUUACAAUGGCUUCUCAAGAGAGGAUCAGGCCUGUGGUAAAAGGAACUGGAUUUUGGCAUGUUCCCACUGUGAAAGAAUAUAGCCAGGAAACGCAAGAGCUGUUAAAAGUGAUGAUGCAAGAAUCUAAGCUUACUUGUUUCCAGCAACGCCAUCUUGUAAAUUGCAUGAAACGUGGUGAUGCUUUCCCCAUACAGUGUUAUCCAACAUCCAGCAAAGAACCAGAGCUUCCAAAGCCUGUAUCAUCAAAGAUUAUUUUGACCACCAGUCCCUUUGGUAGACCUCACCUCCGGCCUGCAGAAAUUUGUCGUGCAGGAAAUGCAUAUAUCAGAGAAAAAUUCAAACCUCAAGCCACUCGAGACCUGGAGAAGGAGAAAGAAAGACUGCAAAACAUCUUAGCAACAGGAAAGGACAAAGUGGAGAAGAAAACUCAAAAGAAACCAGUCAAGGUAGAAGAAACAGUACUAGAGCUGGACCGAUUUGAUGAAUUGGUGAAUGAAAUUCAAGAUCGACAAAAUUUCCUGUCAGAAAUGGAAGCUUUGGGACAGAGCAAAGCGUAUCAAGGAAUUAUCCAAACUGAAAUAUCACAGAAGCUCCGGGAGAUGGAGAUGAUUGACAAACAGAGAACAGCAGAACUAAAAGGGGCAAUAGCCAAGUCUUUCAAUAUAGGCAUCAAACAUGACAAUCCAAGCACGGUUCAAGUAGACCAAUAGUUCCCCCCCCACCUCCCCCCACACCUAAGGAUAUAACUCCUUCUCCCUUACUUUUUCUGCAGACGUAAGAGAAUGUGAAGAAUAUUUUAUUAGUACAGUUUUUACUCUUUUGUGGCAAGUACCUAUAGAAUAUAUUUAAUGUCCAGAAAUAUUUAUGACUCUGGAAAAGUAGGAACAACCUGUUUCAAUAUGUAAUGGCAGGAAGCCUUUUCAAAAAUGUGAUCCAGGAACAAAAGGAUUCAAAUGAAUCACAAGGUUAGAAUGAGCAUCAGCUUGCUUGCCUUGACAAACAAGAGGAAAGGAUUUCUACAUACUUCAUCUCUGGAAAAAAGCAUCUAUGUUUCUACCAUUUAUGUGCUGCUGUUUUUUAGAAUUAGAAUAGAUCAAAAAUAUUUUAUAUAUGAUUCUGCCAUCAACUGGGAAGCUGCUUCCACUCAAAAUUUGUUUCUCACUCAGCAUAUAACUCUUAAGUGAACAGUGGUGACUCUAUUGGAGUAAGAAAGAGAAAAUUGGAAGAUUUUAGAUGGCAGUUAUUUUUGAUGAAUGCUUCUUCAGUAAAAUUACAGACAUAGGACCAUUUUCAUUAUGACUAAGUGACUGUUCACAUGUCUGUCACUUGUUAAAAAAAGACUUAAUAUCACAAAAGUAAUUGGACAGGAGUUAAGGGAUGUUUUUUUCAUUGACACACUUUUUGCUUUGGUCCAGUUCACUUUUGAUAGCUGUAUAUUACUCCACUUGUAAAAAAAAUAAAUAAAAGUCCACAGAA